AUGGCUGGGCACGUUAGCAACACAGAUAUCGAGCAUGCGCUGCUCGUGCGGCCCCUGGAGAAGGAGCCCGUGGUGGCCCAGAUGCUGCGCAUAAUGCAAUUCCUGUCGCAGAUUGAGGAAGGCGAGAACCUCGAUUGCACCUUCGAUAAAGAGUCGGAGCUCACCCCCCUUGAAUCGGCGAUCGGUGUCCUGGAGCUCAUUCAGAGAGAAUUCUCUGUGGCUGAGAAGACGAUGGAAGCUGUUCAGAAAAUGGUGAAGGAAGCUGCUGUUAUUGUCUGCAUCAAAAACAGAGAGUUUGAGAAAGCUUCAAAAAUCGUCAAGAGGCAUAUGGGGAAGGAUCCCAGAAGCCAGAAAAAGAGGAACGAGUUCCUGGCUGUCAUCCGGGAGAAGAAUUUCACUCAUCCAAUGGUCAAAAACUUCUCUUACAAGGACUUCCAGCAGAGCGUGUUUCAGUUCCUGAAGACCUAUGUGGACGAUUCGGAGCCGCUGCUGCUCACGAUCAUAAAAAAGACUUUGAAUUCAGAACAUGCCAAAGAACGAAAAUACUCAUUGGUGACUCCUGAGUCCGCAAACGGGCCGAAAGACCAGGAGGUGGCUCUGGAGCCCUUGGGAAGGCCCUCUGGAACUGUAACCACGUACGGGAUUUCUGUUCUGAGAGAAGCUUUCAAGAUCCUGUCGGACUCCCAGGAUUCUGAUGCGCUCUUCACCAAACUGGAUGAAACAGACUUUUCUUUCCCCAAGCAACUGUCUCCUUCUGUAUCCCACAGAACCAAGAGACGGAAAGAAGAGGAGAAUCAAGAUUCUGAGAUCUCAGAGCCUCCUAAAAUAUCCCAUAAGGGCAAACGCUUGUUGACCAUAAGCAAACUGGUCAUGGAGCAAGACAGCCAGUACGGCGAGUCGAGUGAGAGCCCAGACUCUUCCCAGGAGCCAGUUGUAUCUUCUGCUUCCAGACCUGCUCAGAAAUUGCAUGACCAGCCUGUAUCUACUAAGAGUGCCAAGUCCUUCCAAGGAAGGUGGAACAGCUCGUUUGGCGAAGAAGGAAAGGACAGCUGGAGUGAGGAGGAUGAGCUCUUCUCAGAUGCGGCAUCGUUUGGGACAGCCAGCCACAACACUACGGUCUUCGGUUCCAAGAAACAGAAAUGGACAAUACAGGAGAGCGAGUGGAUCAAAGAGGGCGUGAAGAAGUUUGGAGAAGGGAGAUGGAAGGCCAUUUGCCAGAAAUACCCCUUCCAGAACCGCACGGCAGUGAUGAUCAAGGAUCGCUGGCGGACCAUGAAAAAGCUGGGAAUCCUCUAA